CUCUUUCACCAACCUGGGGCGAAGACAACGCACCAUUUACUCGCCGUAGAUCGAGAAGUCAGGCAAGGCCCUGCUAGUUUGCCAUCAUAGCUCUCAGGCUGUCGUCGUACAGAGCCACCGCAUGGAUGGAGCGCCACUGCGACCCGUACUCUCACCCAUGAGUUCAAAUGUUUUCGAAUCGGGGCACCAUCCGCCUCACCCGGAUCCAGAGGAGUAUGAUGAACAGGAGGUCGAUGGGUUCAUAGCAUGUGAGCGUAUAGCCACCAAGGCGCGAUGAAGGAGCUCAAUGAGCAUGAAACAGCUCAUGAUGCCCCUUCGGCCUGGCAGAGGGCGGCUUGGACAAGACUCUUCGUCUCAUUCAUGACGUUUGGCCUUCUCAACAACGUUUUAUACGUGAUCAUUCUCUCUGCUGCGCUAGACCUGGUACCCUCUACGACUCCGAAAGGCGUAGUAGCGUUCUUCAACAUCUUCCCGGCACUCUUGGCUAAGGUUUUUUGGCCCAUCUUGUCUCGGGGAACCAUCCGGUAUGCUCGGAGAGUUUGCCUGUGCACCGUGUGCAGCUGGCUGGGAAUAGCAAUCAUUGCCUUUUCAUCAAGCGUCAAACCGCGUCUAUUUGGAAUAUCCCUCGCUUCGCUCUCGUCCGGUUUGGGAGAGCUGACUUUCCUUCAACUCUCCACCACGUUACCCACACCUUCAUCCUCACGUACAGCUCUUGGUGCUUGGUCUAGCGGGACAGGGUUCGCAGGCAUCGCCGGAGCCGGACUGUGGUGGCUGCUCCGUGGGCUCGGUGUCAAAGGCGGUCUAGGCUUGUCAAGCCUCUUACCGCUCUUCUUCCCGUUGACGUACUUCGUGCUCCUGCCUUCGUUCAGCUUGUUGGACGAAGACGCAGGCGCAGUGUACCAACCUGUACCAACGGAUGUUGGCGAUUCUGAAUCGACCGUCUCGACCUAUCAGCCAAGUGAACAUCCCGCCACGUCAAGCAGCAAAAAGCACAAGAUUCAGCUCACCACGAUGGACAAAAUCAACUUGAUCAAGCCUCUUGUCUUGCGAUUCAUGCUCCCGUUAUGUAUCGUCUACAUUGAGGAAUACGUCAUCAACUCUGGAGUCGCUCCCACUUUGGUCUUUCCCCUUCCCACCACUGGUCUUUGGUCUAUCCUAUUCAAAUCAGCAAGAGAUUACUAUCCCUUUUGGUCACUUACCUAUCAAACUUUCGUCUUCAUAUCCCGAUCAUCCUUAUCCCUGGGCUUGCCGCCACUACCGAGGCGUCUCCUUCCUCUCCCGGCUAUCGUCCAGUGCGGAGUUCUCUCUUUGCUCUCGCUGCAAGCUUCAAAGUUUGUCUUCUCGUCCCCAGAAUACACGCCUCCUGCUGUCCCUCCGCUUCAGGGAUCGGAUCGGACAAUCUCAUUUGUGUUUGUCCUAAUCUGCCUCGAAGGUCUCUGUGGUGGAGCUGCAUACGUCAAUACGUUCUACCAUGUGGGUAGAGAGGGUGAAGAUGGAGGUGAGGGACUACAAGGGAUCAGACAGAAGAUGGAAAAAGAAUUCAGGAUCGGGGCCACGGGUGCUUCUGAUUCUCUAGGUAUACUGUUCGCCUCGCUCAUCUCCAUGCCGUUCGAGCUGGCCCUAUGUGAUGCUCAAGUUGCUCGAGGCAGAACAACCUGCAGGGAUCUAUGAGAGCGGAAGGACAUUCUUGUAUGAGGGA